CUUAUUGAAGUAGGUAUACCUUUUACUGUUUCAAAAAAAUUAUUUUUUCUCUGUAUUCCAGGUAAAGAUGUGUCAGCUCUCUUCCCUGAUGUUGUCAACUGCAUGCAGACAGACAACUUGGAGCUCAAGAAGCUGGUCUACCUCUACCUUAUGAAUUAUGCUAAAUCACAGCCUGAUAUGGCUAUUAUGGCAGUCAACACUUUUGUCAAGGACUGUGAGGACCCUAACCCACUGAUCAGAGCGCUGGCAGUGCGCACCAUGGGGUGCAUCAGAGUGGACAAGAUCACGGAGUAUUUGUGUGAGCCGCUGCGCAAGUGUCUCAAGGAUGAAGACCCGUACGUCAGGAAGACUGCUGCUAUUUGUGUUGCUAAGCUGCAUGACAUCAACGCCUACAUGGUGGAAGAACAGGGCUUUCUUGAUCAACUAAAGGAGCUCCUUUCUGACUCUAACCCAAUGGUGGUUGCUAAUGCCGUGGCGUCUCUGAACGAGAUCAAUGAAGCAAGCAGCAGCGGAGUUCCUCUCAUGGAACUGACCAUGCCCAUCAUCAACAAACUCCUUACAGCUCUCAACGAAUGCACUGAGUGGGGCCAGGUCUUCAUCUUGGACGCUCUCUCGCAAUACCAACCCAAAGACGAGAGGGAAGCACAGAGCAUUUGCGAGCGCAUUAUCCCGCGCCUGGCUCACGCCAAUGCGGCCGUGGUGUUGUCUGCCGUGAAGUGCCUCAUGAAGUUCAUGGAGCUCAUGCCAGCAGACUCGGAAUUCGCCAAAAACUUGCACAAGAAACUCGCUCCGCCUCUGGUCACUUUGCUCUCGUCCGAGGCUGAGGUGCAAUACGUAGCUUUGCGAAACAUCAACUUGAUCGUUCAAAAGCGUCCAGAUCUCCUCAAGCAUGAGAUGAAAGUAUUCUUUGUCAAGUACAACGAUCCCAUUUAUGUCAAGCUCGAGAAGUUGGAUAUCAUGAUCAGGCUGGCGUCGGAAGCCAACAUUGUUCAAGUGCUGUCAGAACUUAAAGAGUAUGCGGCUGAAGUUGAUGUAGACUUCGUGCGGAAGGCGGUGCGGGCGAUUGGCCGUUGUGCCAUCAAAGUGGAGACUUCAGCUGAGCGAUGCGUGUCUACUUUGUUGGACCUCAUCCAGACAAAAGUGAACUACGUUGUUCAGGAAGCCAUUGUUGUCAUUAAAGACAUCUUCCGCAAGUACCCAAAUAAGUAUGAGAGCAUCAUCUCCACUCUUUGUGAGAAUCUCGACACCCUUGAUGAGCCUGAAGCUCGGGCCUCCAUGAUUUGGAUUAUUGGCGAAUACGCUGAGCGUAUUGAUAACGCCGACGAACUCCUUGAGAGUUUCUUGGAAGGCUUCCAUGACGAGAACACUCAAGUGCAGUUACAGCUUCUCACGGCCAUUGUGAAGCUCUUCCUCAAGCGCCCAACUGACACACAGGCUUUAGUGCAGCAGGUGCUCUCGCUUGCCACGCAGGACUCUGACAAUCCUGACUUGCGGGAUCGAGGAUUCAUUUACUGGCGACUUCUGUCCACUGACCCGGGUGCCGCCAAAGAAGUUGUGCUUGCUGAGAAGCCUCUCAUUGCUGAGGAGACUGACCUCAUUGAACCUACGUUGCUGGAUGAACUCAUCUGCCACAUCGCCUCGCUUGCCUCCGUCUAUCAUAAGCCUCCUAGUGCCUUUGUUGAGGGUCGAGCUGGCUUGCGUAGAGCUCUUCCAAAAGCUGGGGCAGGUGGAGAAGAUGGUGAGGGCAGCGUGCCUCAGUCUACGGUGAUACCCUCUCAAGACUCGCUCAUCCCUGAUCUUCUCAACAUGGACAUCACGGCCGCACCAGUCAUGUCUCAAGUUCCUCCUCUUGCCAGCGGGUAUGCCAGUAACGAGCUUGACCUGCUGGGCGGGGGACUGGACUCGCUGCUGGGAGGGGGACUUGGGGAUCUUGGAGCAUCAGCGUCUCCAGCUCCUGCUGCUACUACUGCCGGGCUGCUGGGCGACAUAUUCGGUGUUGGUUCGACUACCAGCAGCGGUUAUGUCGCGGAUAAGACUGUGUGGUUGCCUGCUAACCGUGGCAAAGGACUGGAAAUUCUCGGGACAUUUUCGCGCAGGGGUGGCAUUGUGUACAUGGAUAUGACGCUGCAGAACAAAGCGAUGCAAGCUCUAUCUAAUUUCGCGAUACAGCUCAACAAGAACAGCUUUGGUGUUGCCCCCGCCAACAUGACGAUCAAUGUGACGUCCAUAGCCCCGGGCAUGUCAUCUGAUGUGUCCGUUCAGCUCAACACCAACGGCCCCAUGCAGAAGAUGGAUCCUCUGACCAACUUGCAGGUUGCCAUCAAGAACAACGUGGAUGUGUUCUACUUUGCUGUGGUGAUGGGAAUACACGUUUUCUUCUGUGAGGACGGUGCCAUGGACAAGAGGAUCUUUCUGUCCACGUGGAAAGAUAUCCCAUCACAAAAUGAAGUUCAAUUCAAUAUUGAGAAUAUAAACAUGAAUGCUGAUGGUAUUUCGAAUAAGCUGCAGGCUAGCAACGUAUUCACCAUAGCGAAGCGCAAUGUCGAGGGACAGGAUAUGCUUUACCAAUCCAUCAAGCUGACCAACGGCAUCUGGGUGCUCACUGAGCUUAAGAUACAGCCUGGCAAUACCACUGUUGUGUUAUCGCUCAAGUCUCGCGCCACUGACGUUGCUCAAAGCGUCUUCGAAGCUUUCGACGCUAUCCUGCACAAGCCAUGAAAAUCCACAUCGGCGUCAUCUCUCCCGUGUUGAAUUUGUCUAUAGAAAUACGGCCGCUUCGUUCUGUGUAACUUAUUUUGAAAUAGUGUACUGAUGUAAUUUCAAUGUUAAUUCUUUCUAGGUAUAUCAUGGCGCUACGGUCUGCCCCUUUGCUGUUGUCUCGUUCUUGAAAGUAGCCUCACUUGAGAGAAGACGCAUUGCAAAUUCUUUCAGUGUGCUCUCCUAUAGUUGCCAAAGGGUUAAGAGUUGGAGUUUUAUCUCUUAUGCGUGAAUUUCUUCAUCGUUCGCUUCGUGUUCACAUUAGAUUCUCUUGCUAGUGUUAUCCCAUUUAUUCGAGAGAAAAGUAUUGUGUAGCUAGUGUGGAGAAAGAAACUCUCGAUUCGCCGUCUUAAUUUGUAGUUACCUAGCAAGCUCAUUUUUCCUUCACAGAUGUCUCACUUCUGAUAUGUGCAAUGACAAAAUAUAUCUAUUUUAUGCUCUUUUGGUGAUGAAAUACCUUAAGCACGGUUCAUCAACCCGAUUUCCUUUGGUCAGUGUGUUCUUUCGUUUCUCUGACAUUUACUCCCAUAUAUACUUGAUGCAGAUUCAGUAUUUCUGCUUAUUUUUUAAAACGUUUUUUCCAUUUAUGAUACGUGGAAAUUGUUACAUUCCUUAAACUUAAUUUCUUUUGUUAGAAAACGAUUAUGGAAAUUCAUAGUAAACUUGUUUGCUAUUUGCUCUGAGUUAAAUUUAAAUGUCCACUUUGAGUAGGUUUUUUUUUUCAAGAAAUUUCCAAUUAAUGUUUGCGCGAUAUUCUUUAUUGUAUUCAGUAGGUAGAAACGGCACAACUUGUGUCCGAACUCUACAUUGAAUAGCCAGCAUUCAUGUUUUUAGGGGCGAAUAUUUAUGCAUUGAAACUCGAGUAUUACCAUCAACUAUUGUUGCGAUGCUUGAAAAAAAUGGGUUGACAUAUGAAAUCAUCAUUAAACUUAUCUUGUACAAAU